GUCAUGCUUCCAGGUGGUCAUGAAGAUGCUGAGCUGCACACGUUAAGCCAGGAGGGAGCUCUUCCACAGGGGACAGUGGUCGGCAGAGAGGACAGCAACCCACCUGCUGCACUCUGAGCUGUGCUGGAGCUGCGCAGUGAUCAGGAAAGCUGAAACGUGGUGUACACCAGGAACCCGAGAUGCUGACAAGCCCUGAGCAUCAUCCAAGGCAGGCUGUGCUGAAGUGGGAGGUCAGCCCUGGUCUCCAGGCAUCUGUGCUGCAACCCCACCACUGCUCCUCUGAUCCCAACCGAACAGCCUCUAGCAAUGGUCUACUCCUAGGAGAGCUGAGCUGCGGCCAAGGCUAUGUGCUGCUUCAGCCAAGUGGAAAGCCGCCCCCCGAUCGGCUGUCUGCUUUCUACGUGGUCUCACGCUGUAUGCUGCAGGAUACCCCUGGUCUUGUGUGGUGCAGAGGUGUAUCACGCUAAACAGAAAGCUCAGUUCAGGGCUGGGAAGAGAUCAGUGCUGUAGGUUGCCCCUGGGAACUUGCCAGGUACUUGAGGCUUGGUACGGUAUUUACUAAAGCUAACCACAUCCAAAUAAAAUAGUGGCUUUGCCAUCAGUCCUUUUCCUGUGCGCUGAAACGUUCCUUGUGUUUUCCCUGUUGAUCUGUAGAAAUCCCCUGGGCUCCAGCCUUUGCAGUCUCUCUUCUCAGACUCCCUCUGUUACAGGUCACUAAUCACUAAUGCAAUGUGUACUUUUUAAUAUUAAAGAACUUGAACCACUGGAUUGUAGGUCAAUAGAAUAGGAAAGGACGUUAGACCCGCUCAGCAGAUAGCACGGUGUCUGGCAUUAGAUACAUAUCACGUUUGUUAGCAGCCUGUAAUCUUACACAAACGUGCCUGUGAGGAGAAUCAAGGUGAAAUGCCAGGAUGUGGCCCUGGUGACAAGACAAGCCUAAGACAAGCAGAUGAGGCAGAUGUCCACCGAGCAGCUUUUGCCUUGGGGCCUUGGCUGGUGGAGGAACAGAUGUGGGCCGGUGGGGUGUGGCGAGGAAAGUGGCUCGAAGCGCUGUGCAAGAGACCUCGAAGGUUUAUGAAGAAUAGGAAACGCCGCUGAGCAGGACCUCAGGAGUCGGGCUGCUGCCUGCAGGCAGAUUGCGCGUAGGAAGCUCUGUGCCCUGACCCACCAAGAUUUCCAGCAGCUGGGGAAGGACUCCACAACACCCCAAAUGCCGUGACCACCUUGCUUGUGAAUAUCAGGUGGAGUGAUGUCCAGGCAAAGGACAGGAGAAUCCAGGACUGACGCUCUGCAGAAAGAUUUGCUAUGCUGUUGGGGGCAUUCCCUACCAGAUGACAGGCAAUGCCCUUGGGUUUUUCCUCCAGAUCUUCCUGUUGGAUGUUGUGCAGCUGGAGCCAUUCCAUGCCUCUUUGAUCAUUUUCCUUGGAAGAGCUUGGGAUGCAGUUACUGACCCUGCUAUUGGCUUCUUAGUCAGCAAGAGCCCAAGGAGAAAAUAUGGCAAGCUGAUCCCAUGGAUCGCAUGCUCCAUGCCGUUCGGGGUGCUCUGCUACUGCAUGAUGUGGUCCACCCUCUCAGAUGCCACCCCCACCUCCCUGAAAUUCCUGUGGUACCUGUUCAUGUACAGCUUCUUCCAGACUUGCAUGACUUGCCAUCAUGUGCCAUACUCUUCCCUGACAAUGUUCCUGGGAGGAACCCAGAGAGACCGUGACUCAGCCACUGCCUACAGAAUGGGGUUUGAGGUGUUCAGCACACUCCUUGGAUCAGGAAUCCAGGGGCAGAUUGUGGGCAGCUACCAUGCCCGCAUGAUGAAUGACUGUUACGUGCCAAACGAGACCCUGCCCAACACCAGCACCCACCACCUCACAGACUCGCUGGAGAACACACGUAGGGCCUAUGUAUUUGCAUCCCUGGUCCUGGGCUCGAUCUAUUGCCUGUCCUGUCUGAUUCUCAUCUUUGGAGUCAGGGAACAGCCUGCUCCAGUGCCAGCCCUGCUGUUUCUCCUCCCAGGGCCCCUCAACCCCCUGGGGAAGGCUGAGCUGUCCUUUGUCAGCUGCCUGAAGAUGAUUGUGGGACACAAGCCCUACACCCAGCUGCUGUGUGGCUUCCUCUUUGCAUCCCUGGCCUUUCAGAUCACACAGGGGAUCUUUGCCUUCUUCUGUACUCAUGCUGCAGGGCUAGCUGGGAAGUUCCAGCAUUUAGUGAUUAUCAUGUUGGUCACAGCUUCCCUCUCUAUUCCCUUUUGGCAGUGGUUUUUGGGGAGAUUUGGAAAGAAAACAGCAGCAUCGCUGGGUCUGGCGCUGAUCAUCCCAGCCCUGGUAGCCAUCACCCAGGUGACACACAACUUCCUGGCCUUCAUCUUCUUGGUGAUCAUGGCAGGCUGCAGCAUGGCUGUGCUCUACCUUUUACCAUGGUCCAUGCUGCCAGAUACUGUGGAUGACUUCAUGCUGAGGAACCCCAGCUACCUCAACCUGGAAGCUCUCUUCUACUCGUUUUAUGUCUUCUUCAACAAGUUUGCAGGUGGCCUCGCUGUGGGGAUAUCGAUACUGAGUUUACAUUUCGCAGGUUACCGUGCUGAAAAGUGCAUGUACAACCCCUCCGUCGUCCUCAUCCUGCAGCUUCUCAUGGCCCCAGUCCCAAUAAGCCUGCUGCUCAUUGCCAUAAUCAUCUUCUGCCUCCAUCCCAUCAAUGAGGAGAGGAGGAAGCAGAUGAGAAGAAAGAUGGAGGAAAUGGGACAUCAGGUACAGCGUGGCAGCGGAGAAUAAACCCAGGGCUGAAGUGGGUGAGUUCUUUGGGAAGGACACGGAUUUGCUGCCCUGUCAGGAUGUGCUGCUGUCAGGGAAAGUCACCGCUUCCUGUUGUUUCCUGUUCCCUGUCCCAAAGGCCUGUUUUGCAUCCUGACCCACUUCCCUCUCCUGGCUGGCAGGCACGGGAUGGGGAGGGGGUCCUGCUGCAGCUCCAGCCCUGCCACCUCAUCAGAGCUGCUUUCUCCAGGGUUUGGCAGGUCACGACAGAGCUGGGCAAGGGAGAUCUGUGCUGUCCUUCUGGGAGACACUGCAGUGCCAGAGAGGAAGGAACCCUGCCAGCCCCAGAGCAGUGCUCACACACACCGGGGUGCAGAGGUGUCACAUAACCUUGUGGGAAAGCAUGCACAAAGAACACGGAGAUUAUUUUUGAGAGGACCAGGUUUUAGGGAAAAUACUGCAAAGAUAGUGCACAUCUUUGUGCUUAGACUGCCCUUUCACAGGGAAAGGUUUCAAGUUUCUUUGAACAAGGGUGAAGUUCAAGCCAGCAGUGUUUUAAAGCAUGUGCAGUGACAAUGACACCUGGUAGCAGGGUAGUAGAAGCCAGCUCUGUCCAUCUACCUUGGUCUUGUUAGCUGAGUCACUACUGGGAAAGCAGGAGCUUCCUGGUGCAAGAGACUGUGGGAAUGGGCUGCACUGCCUCAGGUCAGGCAGCUGGGGGGGGGUGUGUCUGGCAGCUUGUCCUGGUUUUUGGUUGGGAGGUUACAUCAGAAGUGUCAAAUGAAUGUCAAGAGACGAGUUGCUUUUAAAUUGUAGCCCAUAGCUAGAGCAUCUUGCAAGAGCUGCUCAGCACCCCCACAUCUCUCCUGGCAACAGUGAGGGGGCAGUGGGGGGAAGAAGAGAAAUCAGCCAUCUCGUGGCUGGUAGCACUGAGCUGUGUUCAGCCUUGUGCAGAAGCAGAGCAAUGAGGCUGGUUAUUUUUAGGGCUAGAGCUGUAUCUGACCGUUGGUUGACCUUGCAGUUCUCCACUCUGGUGCACACUGGCAGGAUCUGAGCAAAUUGCUCCCCAGUUGUGUGCUGAAUUAAUUUGAAGCCUUAAGUCUUGUGGCGCAACCUUGCCAUGGGUGAGGGAGAUGGUGUUUUUGCGCUGUGCCAGGGUACCUGCAGGAGCGUCACAACAGCGCAGAUUCAGAACAAUUUCACAGCAGCACAAAGAGCAUCCUCCCAUCGUGCCCCCUCCCCCCUGUCGUCCCUGUCCCUCGUCCCCACCUUUUUUUUUUCCUUUCUUUUUUUGUUGUUUUGUUUUCUGGAGUGUGAAGGAUGUUCCUUGGGAUCACCUGACUAAACCCAUGGUCAGGUGUGUUGGGAUGCACUGCCCUCUGCCACGUUCCUUUCAGCCUUGCUGCCUCUGGAUUUACAAACAAGCAAAUGCCUUUGAGCACUGAGGAAAUGCUCUGAUUGUCGAGCGUUUAAAGUCCUGCAGAAGCAUGAAUUACAGAAUCAUAGAAUCGUUUAGGUUGGGAAAGACCUUUAAGAUCAUGGAGUCCAACUGUUAACCCAGGGCACUGCCAAGUCCACCACUAAACCAUGUCCCUAAGUGCCACAUCUACACGUCUUUUUAAUACCUCCAGGGAUCUAGUCUCCACCACUUCCCUGUGCAGCCUGAUCCAGAGCUUGACAACUUGACAAACCUUCUCUUCAAAGGCACACACGCUCCUUGGAACAGAGGAGUGGGCUUGAUCUGGAGCUCCCAACCUGCAGCACGGGCUGUGAACAGGCCACGGGCCACUGCAGAGCAGGACAGACCCCAUGCAGAGCAGGGAGCUGCUGAUGGCGUGCGUGGUGCCUGCCAGCCCCGCAGCUGCCUGGGGUGGUGCUUCUGUGUAGCAAAUAAUGUCCCAUUUAUUUUUUACAGUAUUAAAUCUGAAUGGUCAUGCUUUUCA